UCGGAGUGGCUGGGAGCAGUAAUGGGGGGGUCAACAAUAUAUAUGAGGGGCCCAUGCCAUGCAAGGCCUUGUGUGUGAUUAUUAAGAUUUUGAAAAUGAUUUAGUGUUUUACUGGAAGCCAACUAAGGAAGGCAAGAAUGAUGCACUCUCAAAGGUUGAUAUACUCUAUUUUUGCUAUUUUAUUUCUUUUCAACCAGUUCUUUUUUUUAUUACUUUUUAUUAAUUCUACCCCCUCUGCUGUAUUCUGUUAGCUUUAAAUUAGUCUUACUGUUAUUUUUAUAACUAAAUUAUAGUUAUUUUAAAAAUCAGCAGAGCAAACAAAAAUUCCACAGAAUAUAUCCACAGUUAGAUGAAAACAAACACAGCAGCAGCCUGUACAGAAUAAUGUGAGCACUCAGCCUGAAGAAGCAUCAAAUAUUUACAGUGAUAAAGUUGGCACACCUUAAUGAACAGGCGCGCCCCGGGUAGUACAUGGUAGCACAUUACACAUUCAGGUUUUAAUGUAUGAAGCAGCCUGUUAGUGGGGAAUGAUGUGCCAGGAGCCGUGUGAUCAAUCGUCCUGUUAGGAGCUGCGUUCCGCCCUGCGCUGGACUCAAACCAGCCCCCCCUCCACCGCACUGUACACUGAGCGAAGUGAACCAGCAGGACAUCUGCGCCGCCGGUACAGCACAUGGACAGGACAGGGUGUCACAGAAACCCAGAUGCAACAUGAUACUUGACGGCUCUGGUGUAAUGCACUUCAGUGUGAUCAAAUGAGUGUGAGGUGUACUAAUAUCAGUGUCUUCGUGUGCAGGCGACCAAGCCUCUGAGAUUUUCGCCAAAGAUAGCUGAACAGCAUCUAGCAGCUGCUCCAUCAUGGUGUAUGGACAGAUCCUUCAUCGGCACAUCCCUGACGGUUGCUUUAUCAAUGUCAACGUUGGUGGUUUCAAACAACAAAUGGAGCACAACAUUCUGAAACGAUUCCCACAGACACGCCUGGGUCGCCUUCUGUGUUGCAGCUCCAAAGAAGCAAUCCUGGAGCUCUGCGACGACUUCAGUCCCUCUGAAAUGGAGUACUAUUUUGACCGCAAUCCGCGUUUCUUCUGCUACGUUCUCAACUUUUACCUCACAGGUAAAAUCCACCUGGUGGACGGAUUGUGCGUAGUCUCGUUUAUUCAAGAGAUCGAGUAUUGGGGCAUCAAGGAGCGCCACCUGGACUUCUGCUGCAGCACCAAAUUCCAUGAACUGAUGGAGCUUGCUGAUGAUAAGUCCUGGGAUCAGAGUAGUGACGAACUGCAGCUCCACAGCUUGGACUCGUCUAUUGAGGAGUUGUCGGCUUCGGAGGACAACAUAGAAAUGUUUGAAGGUUCCUGGUGUUCAGACGUCCGCAGGAAUAUCUGGCUUCGACUCGAGAAUCCAGGUUACUCUACUUCAGCCAAAGUGAUGGCUAUAGUAUCCCUAAGUGUGGUCAUUGGCUCUAUUGUUACCAUGUGCAUCCACAGCAUGCCGGAUAUCCAUCAAAUGGAUCUCAAUGAGCAAAAGAUUGAAAACCCGGUGCUGACUUUCUUCGAGAGCUUCUUUGUUUUGUUCUUCUCUGCAGAGUUUGUUCUUCGUUUGGCUGUUGCGCCAUCAGCUAAGAAGUUCUUGUGCAGCCCUCUCAAUAUUAUUGACUUAAUGUCGAUUAUGCCCUUCUAUGUCACUAUAGCCUGUGAUAGUAUGGAUGAAGGUGAGAACACAGACCUGGAGAAUGUUGGCAAAGUGGUGCAGAUCUUAAGGCUGAUGCGAGUGUUUCGAAUCCUAAAACUGGCUCGUCACUCAGCUGGUCUUCGCUCUCUUGGUGCCACACUGCAACACAGUUCACAUGAAGUUGGGCAGCUGGUGCUUUUCUUGUCUGUGGGCAUUUCCAUGUUUUCUGCUCUCAUUUACUGUGUAGAGAAAGACUGUCAAGAGUCAGAGCUACAGACUAUGCCCAUAGGCUGGUGGUGGGCCACCAUUAGCAUGACUACAGUGGGCUACGGGGACACCUUUCCUGUGACACUUGCUGGGAAGCUGAUAGGAACCCUAUGUAUCGUCUGUGGGCUGCUGAUCGUGGCUCUGCCCAUUACUAACAUCUUCAAUAAAUUCUCCAAGUUCUAUGAGAGGCAAAGACAAAUGGACCUCAGAAAAAGCAAUAACUGAACCCUCUCUAGCAUAUACAGAGAGUACCAGGAUGUCAAAAUCUUUAAAAACACAAACUCCUUCAGCACUCACAACUCAGGAGAAGUUGUAAAAGAAGCUGCAGCCAUGAUACAUGAUACUCUUGACUAAAAUAAAUGGGGGCUUAGUAUUCAAAGGUCAGGUCUUUUUUCUUGUGUCUUGACAAAUGUGUUCAUGUCUUAAGGGAUUAGUUUGACAUUUCGCAAAAUUUGCAUAUUUGCUUUUGUACCAAGAGUUACAUGAAAGGGUUGAUACCAAUCUCCUGUAUGUGUGGCUUGCGCCAGUGACUGGUUACCUUAGCAAGGGUCCAGUUUGUAGUAUUUAGUGGCAUCUAGUGCUGAAGUUGCAGAUUGCAACCAACUGAAUACCACUCGCCUUCCAAGCGUAUAGUAGAAACUAUGGUGGUCGCAAGAGAGCCAGGGUUCGGUUCAAAAUGGCGGCCACCGUGGAAGAGGACCAACUACCUCUGUAGAUUGAAACAACUCAUUCUAAGGUAACAAAAACACAAUUCUUAUUUUCAGGUGAUUAUAAACUAAUGAAAAUAUACCUAUAAAUAUUAUAUUACAUUUCUGCUAAUAGAUCCUCCUCCAUGUUACACACUGGACCUUUAAGCUUAAUAAAGCAUAAUAAAUACUGGAAACAGGAAAAACUGUUAAUUUGGCUCUGUCCAAACAGCCAGGACCAGUUGCCAGGCAACCAAGACAUACUAUGGCACAUAACUCCAUGUAAAACAACCAAUUGUUGUACAGAUUAGUAUUUGUUUGUAGUAGAAUUUGUUUGUCCUACUGACAGAGCCUGGCUAGCUGUUUUCCCUCCCCUCUCCGGGCUUUUUGUUGCUGGCUCCAGCUACACAGUGUACAGAUACGAGAUUGGUAUCAAUGUUGUCAUCUAACUUUGGCAAAAAGCUAAUAAUUCAACAAGAUGUAGAUCUGUUCCUUUAACACUGACAGUAUGCACAAGUCAACACAAGUGUAAUAGCCUGUUUUCAAGCCAUUAAAUGCAUCAUCAAAGUGUGACAGCAAAAGACUAAGUCACAUCCAACUCCAAAUUCAUGCCCACUGAAAAAAAAUGACACAGCAUUCUGUAGUUGUUCAUUCAUUCCUGUCCUUUGUCCAAGCUUGUCUCCAGUCCUGCCAUGCUGUUGAAGUCCUCAUCUGCUAUUUAUCGAUGUAAUUUGUGUCAAAGGGCUUUUAAUUGCUUAAUACAAGGAGAGGCGUCUCGCUGUUUGUUUGCUCAUCAGUGUAAUGAGUUCUUAAUCAAUGUGCUUUGGUCAACAACAAUUAAAGUCAAUAAGAAUCCUCACACAGUGCUGAAUUCACAAUUCAUCCCUCGAUAAGUAUCGAUAGUCUUUUAACUGUGAUUUCUUAUAUUUCUUUCAUGCAGCUGUUUACAGGUUAUGUUUCACAGUUGUGUUGAAUCUGUAAGCAAACAUUUAAUCAUGCUGUGCUCUAAUGCUCUCCGUCCUGCUGCUUCAUCAACAGUAUCUCUGUGUGUUGUCUCUGUUAUCUCUUCCACAGAUAAGAAUGUGCCGAUCAAUGAAAACAGACCAAAUAUCCGAGCUGCCCUCCAAACAAUGCCAAUACUGUACACAACAGAAACUUUUAUCCGAGUCCAAUUGAUUUAAUAUAAAUCAUGGUGGUGGGGAUCUUUAGUCAGAGUGUUUUCUCUGGCAGCGGAUGACUACAGCAUUUUUUGCUAUUUUGCAGCUGUCAGGUGUCAAGGAAUUGCUAAGCAGCUUGUGUCUUUGGGCCUUAAAUAAACGUCUAUGUCAGCACUCAGGGGUAUGGUCACUUUCUAUGCUUGGGUUCAUCCUCCUGCGUCCUGCCUUAACGCUCAAAGUCACACAGCGCUGCACUCAGAUUUAGUUCAUUGCUAUAAGUGAACGUCAGCAAUAUCUGUGAUGUCAUCUCAGUACUGAAGGACAGCCUGCACAGGAAUAUAGAGAUAGUGUCUGUGCUGUGGGGACUGAAAGCAUGAACCUGUUAGUGACCCCCAUGAGAUCCAACAAGAGCACUGGAAGUUCCUUGCUUGCGAAAGUGAAAACAUGCCAUCGGGUUUGCUGAAUUGAGCUUCUGCUCUUUAUUUAUUUAUACUCUGAUAUCAUUUAGGUCACAUUAUAAAAAUUCAGUCUAUUUUUCUGAUCUGUCUUUUCAUGCACUCUUCCUUUCUCUACAAUUAUUUUCUCCUAUCAGUUCAUACUGUUUCAUAUUUGUUAAAGGCCCACUCAGCUUUUCCUGACCACAUUACAGGAAAACAUGUUUCCCAAUUGAUCGUAAUUGAAAAUAUAGGCCUGUUUUUCUUCAGCAUUCACUCAAAUCUAAUGUGAACAAACCUUCCAGUUCCAUGUUUUGAAUUUAGUGGUGGGAACAUGCUUUUGUUUGUUUGGAGUGUGGCUGGUCCCUUCCACAUCUACAUGGCAUCACACUUCAUGCAAACACAGACGGCCAAAGCAACCAGUCCUCCCGCUUACCCACACAUGAACAAAUCACUAAUAUCAGCCUGCUUCCUUCUCUAACUUGAACCCAGUCCAUCUAAAAUCAUUGCAGCUGGCGCCAUGUUAAUUAGCAUUUAAUGAGCUUAGACCGGGUUCAAUUAAAUAAUUAAAUAAUUAAAUUAAUUCAUUAAUUAUUUAAAACUUAUUUUCACCAACUUUUACACAUGCAGGAGUUUAACUGAAAGGCUGCUAAAAUGGAUAUACCAGAAAGUUCAUUUAAAGCUAAUCUAAUAAUUAUUUUUUAUAUUAAAGGGACAGUUCACCCCACAAUCAAAAAUGCAUAUUUUAUUCAUAUUACAUAUUUUAUAUUCCUCUUACAUAUAAUGCUAGUUAUCCAUCUAGAUCAGUGUUUAUAAAACUUUUUACACUGUGUAGGAGGCAGGUUUAUUCCUAAUAAGAAGAUUAUUUAUUGUUAAAUGUUAUUGAAACCUGAAGGGAACUAGUUUAAGAACCAGAGUUAAUUUGGUCUAAAAGCGGCACUCCUGGUCCACACUUUUUGUGUUUUGGAAUAAUCUGCUUACUAACUUGCCAUCACAUUUAAGCUUGUAACUAUGUCACUUUCAGUUUCAUGUAUGAUGUGACAGGGGUCAUAUGCAGUGGCAAACCCCAAACCACCUGACUUUGCAGUAUGCACCCCCUCCUCAAACAUUUUUAUUAACAGUGCAGUUUUUUCCCUUAGCAAAUGAUCCAAUAGAACCCUGGUUUCAGGUUUGCAAUAUUUUUCCUAUUCAACUUCUUCACUAACAGGCUUUGUUCACCACAGACAUUUUGACAUGUUAUAGCAGGAAAAGCACAGGUAUAAUGAAUGACUUAAUAAUGAAUUCAUAAUGGUUAAGAUUAAUAUAUAUCAUUGUAAAUGAAGAUGUUUCUUUUUAUCAUUAUUAUGAUUCUUCACUGUGAACUCUACUUUCCAUCUUUAAUAAUGUAUUUGACAACACUUACUCAAAAACUACCAUUUAUACAUGGCACGUUAUUUGAGCCUGCUUGUACAAUGCAGCAUAUUAAAUGACGCCGUAUGCCUGGAAAUACGUUGUGAGUUGUAUCAAAUUGAAAUGCUUCCUUUUACUGAAUAAUAUUAUACAGUAUAUGUGCUUGUAGAAAUUUAUUUUUGUCUAAUACAAUCCAAUAUUGACUUAUAUCACAAGAUCACAUUCCUGUUACGGAAAGACCAUGAUAAUGUCUCAGUGUCUCCAUUUGUUCAUCAUGCCUUGUUACCUUUUACUGCUCUGCUACAGUCACGGUGGCUUCACAAGUUUCACAAUCAAUUUUCCUUUAAAUCCCCUUGUGGGGUAAUCAGCUGUUCUGCUUACUCAGCACAUGCACAUUCCCUCACAAUGAACGUGUUGUGUUCAAAUGAAGGGAGUGUUCAUGAAAUGCUACUUUUACAGUGGAAGGGGAAAAGCUUGCAUUCUGGCGGAAGCAUCACCUGGAAAAGAAAAGGAAAGGAAAGACGAAUAAAAGGUCACCUAUCUUUUACUCAGUCUGAGCUGUAAUCAGAUCUCAGGGUCGAAUCGAUUUCCUCCAACCACACAUGGUAGUGACAGGAACUGAGAAAUCUGUACGUCCACGUUACAAUAGUCACUGUUUGUGAUCAUGUACACAAAAUAUACAAUAAACAGAAAAUAUAGAUCA